CUGCACCGCUGCGCUGCACCGACUCAAAGUUCACGUCCAAGCGGAAACACACGGCGCAGACCGCAGAGGAUGACACACACAAGAGCUGGCGAAGUUGUGUCUUUGCGAAGGGACUGCGCUCUGACGUUAUUCCAAGCUGGCCUCAGGCGAACUGAAUGAAAACGCAGAAGCCCCCCUACCCGGAAACCAUCGGAGGACUAAGUGGAUUGAAGAAGGCAGAGAGCAAGUGAGGGAGUCAGAGAGGGAGGGAAGACAGGGGGGAUUAGCAGCUAAUCCAGUGCAUGGACAAUCCUGGAGGAGCCUUAUCUUUCUUCCAGGAUGAUGCAGACGAAAUACUCGCUGGAUUACGGCACCUUCCUUUAUUGCUCUUUUCAAGAAAGCAUUGCCCUCCUUCUCCCUUUGCUCUGUUAACAUCUCAGAGGUCUGGCGUCUUGUGUGCAGAGGGACCAGGGGACGGAGGACAAAGAAGCGGGGCAACAGGCCUGGUGACAGGAUGUCCCAUGGACGGUGUGGUGCCUCACAUGGAUAAACCUCUUUAGUUGGAGACGGUGCAUGGCAGUGGACACCCCCCCCCCCCCCCCCCAGCUCUCUCUGCUUGGAGUUUGAGGAAGACGAGUGCAGAACAGCUUAUCGGAUGAGACACGCAGGCAAAAAGGACUCACUGCCAUGGACCCUAAACUGGAAUUUAAACUUGACUGACAUGUUAUCGGAGCUCAGGCCCUCGCUUUCGAAUUAAAGGGAAAUCAGACAACUUUCCUGUCACCAUGAGUCUGGGAAAGCUGCCAGGGAUCAAGGGCCUUGUUUCUGGCUCUCAGGGGAAACGUCGUUUCAAGAGCGAGCUCUCCGUGGACAUGAUCAGCCCGCCGCUGGGCGACUUCAGGCACACUAUGCACGUUGGCCGUGGCGGGGACGUGUUCGGUGACACUUCCUUCCUUAGCAACUACGGGGGCGCCAGGGAGCCAGGGAGCCCAGACUCGGCAAACAGCUCCAAGACAACAGGGUUCUUCACACGCACCUUUCGGCACGUUCGGAAAAACUCUGUGCCACGGCCGCGAGGGGGCUCUCGUGACCUGUCGUCACCACCGCCAGAUGUCUCGCCCAUCAUCAAGAACGCCAUCUCCCUGCCCCAGCUGAACAUGGACUCCCCCAACGGGUGCCUACAGAGGGUGCUGUUCCCCAGCUCCAUCAGCUCAACAGACGACUCCCUCUGCACAUACGGUCUGCAGUCUGGAUUUGUCACUCUGCCCCGCCUCUCUCGCCUUGACAGACAGUUUCAAGAUGGAGACCGAAAGGGGUCUCUACCGGACAGCGGUGGCAUCACACUGACACGCUCAGACUCCCUCACUUCGUUCACUGUAGACCUUGGCCCCUCCCUGAUGACUGAGGUACUGAGCUUGAUUGACAACCCCACCUGCCUUCAGAUGUCCAAUCACAGCCAGACAGCAUGUGAGGAAGUGGAAGGCGAGGAAAAGGAAGAAGAAGACGACAGCUCUCUGACAGAGACGCCUGUGCAGAGCCCGGCGGUGACUUCACCCAACUCUUCGGCAGGUAGUGGGUCACUCAGCAGGAAGGUGAACAGCAGGGGGCGCUCUUGUAGCUCUAACUGCACAGUGCAAGAAGGGGAGAGAAGGUCCCUGAGGACGCCAGAUGUGUGCGCUGGGUCCCCUCAGAGAGCGGAGCCUGCAAUGGAGGCAGAGAGGUUCCAGAGGGCAGCUGACGUGCUGGCUCGCCAUUACGGUGGAGGGUCCUUCACAAAGGGAAGGAGGAUGCUCAACGACACCACCUCUCCUGCUCUUUCCCACAGCCGCAAAGCACCAAAUGCCUUUUCUGAAGAGGAGGAAGAGAUCAAAGUCUAGAUGUUGAAACUCCAUGAAAGAGAGCAGAAACUUCAUUGAUCCAGCAAAAUCAUAGAAAGCUUAAAAUGAGCUGAGUUCUGCAUUCAUUUCAAGUCAGAGAGGCUGAACGUUGAUCCUGGUCUGUCAGCCUCUACAGGAUGGACAGUGAUGCGGAUCUUGAUCCUUCCCCUGCCCUGGUUUCAUACAGAUUAUUUAAAGUAUUCUAAAGACAUAAGUCACAGAAUGAGUGGGACACCACCCAAUGGAUUCAUGUCAAGACGAACUAUUAAUAACGACUUUACUGAGUCAUGUGUAUGUCAGUAUGUCCCACCUGCAUUAAUUAUACCCGUAACAGUUGACUGAACAUCCUGGAGAACAAUUACUUUUGAAUGGACUUUGAUUUUUCUAUUUUUUUUUCACACAGAACAUAAUCACUCACAACAUCACCAACACUCAACAGCAAAAUGUAUUUUAGUAAAUAAAGAUGUUCAGGUUAAAAAGUCUGAGGUCGAGCUGAACCCGACACUUGAGGAACGCUGUUGUAUAACAACUGUAAUAAAACCUCUCGACAUUGUAAGUAAAUUAACUGUGAUCGGGAAUGAUGGUGUUAUCAAAACUAAGAUAGUUGUACAAUGACAGCUGAUAUUCCUCUGAUGGCUAAGUGACGGCUGCACCUCUAAUAUGUAGAAUUGUUUAUCAAGCUUUUAUCAGUAUUUUUUUUUUUCUAAAAUUAUACGCCUGGUAUA